UGUGUUUGCCAACACAUGUUGUCGCGUUGUCAAAAUAGGAAAAUAAGGAAAAUUUUUACCUGGCAAAACCCCCAGUUGUUAACAAAAUAAAAGGAAAUAAUUUAAGAACUAAAAUCUCAAACAAUUGCUUGCAAUGACCAAGAAGGAGGAUAAGACACAGGCGACCGAAGAGCUCGUCAAGGUAUACAAAUGGGAUGGAUCAGCGGUUAAACAUGCUUUGGAUGAUGCCGUCAAGACCUGCCUGCUGGGUGAUCGUCCACACUUGAAGGAACAUUUUGGUUUGGUCAACACCCGUCUUGCCCUAUGUGCUCUGGCUGUGGGCGUGGCCAUAAUGGCCCAUGCCUGGGAUUUCACCCAUCCAUUCCCCCAAUCGCGUCCCGUUCUUCUCAUCAGUGUUCUGGCCUAUUUUGCCCUAAUGGGUGUCCUCACCUUGCACACAUCGUUCCGGGAGAAGGGCACAUUUGCCGUCGCCGUGCACAAGGAAAAGGAACGCACUUGGGAGGCCAGCUCAGAUAUGAAGAAAUAUGAUGAUAAAUAUCAAUUGACGCUCAGUGUUAAUGAUGGCAAAAGUCAACGAGAAGUCACCAGUAACAAAUCUUGUGCUGCUUUCAUUGAUACCAAUGGUAUUAUAUUAGAUCAUCUGGUGGCCAAUGAAGUUAAUCGUUUGUACAACUCCUUGUCAGCGGAAAAGAAGGACAAGUAGCUGCCGCUAGAUAUAUCCCUCGACACAUUUACUGUCUAAAUGAGGAAGAGAACGAGCGAGAAAAAGAAGGGAGAGCAGCAAAGAAGAAAACUUUUGCAUUCCUUUCGGAAUAUUCAUUUACUUAUUUCCUUUCCUUUUUUUGUUUAUUUUGUUUCUCUCAUUAAAUUUUAAUUCUUAGUAAAAAAAAAAA